AUGAGUGAUUUAAUCUUAGGCGUUCCAGCACUUGAAUUUGUUAUUCAGCAAGAGAAGAGAAUCAAUAGUUUUCAAAAGCAAAUCGAGCGUGUCGUUUCUAAAAAGUCAACACACGCUCUUUCAGAACUUCAGAAAGCAUUAACAGAAUUUAAAGGAAAUCCAGAGAUCUGCAAAGAGCCUAUCUUAGAUACAAUCACAAAUGCACACUUAUGCAGAAUUCUAAUUCCAUAUUAUGCCGGAAUUUAUUCUUUAUUAAUCCGCGAUUUCACACGUGUUAGUAGAUUAUUACCAGGAUCCGUUUACCUUGCAGCUUUUAUUCGCGAACUUAAACGAAUUUCGAUUCUUCAAGAUAAUGUUAAGCGUAAUGUCGAAGAUCAUCAUAUUCUCGUUACCAAACUCAUUAAUUCAGAUAACAAAUACAUUAGAAAGGUUCUCAUCGACUUUUUGGUCUCUUGCAGCAAAAAUGCGAAAAGAAUUCUAAAAACAACCGGAGAAGAAGUCAUGAGAACAAGAACAGACGUCAAAAAGCGCGAUAAAUUACAAGACAUCUCUGUAGAAGAAGAAGCAGACAAAGUUUACGAAUUCGUUGAACUUCCAGCAGAACCAGCCAAAAAUGAGGAAGAAGACGAAGAAGAGGAAUACUACUAUGAAUACGAUGAAGGUGGUGAAGACGCUGACUUGGAAAAACGUGCAGAUUUCCAAGCUUGCGUCGAUUUAUUUAAUAAUGAUCUUGGAGAAGCAAAGAAGGCUGAAGAAGGCGAAGACGCAUUAUCAUAUGUACCAGAACAUGUUGUAGACUUCACAGCUCUCCAUUCAAUGGUUAUGGAUGAGUUUUACCAAAUAGAUAAUAAUUUCAAGCCAUUCUUCGUUGCAAAGAUGAUUCAUGGCAUCGCAAAGUAUACUCCAGAGAUAUUUAAUGAAGUUGUUAAGCCAUAUAGGAAACAAUAA